AUGAAUGUGCCGAAUCACAUAGAUGAUUUGGACGAGUUACUCAACAGCACAUGGGAUCACAAAGCAAUGGAUCAACGCGACUACGAUGCGUUGUAUGAGGAGUUGAAUCAACCGCUUCUGCUCACUCCAGUUGCGUCACCAUCGAACGAGGAAGUUACGGCGUCGAAAGCGAGUGAAAAGUACGCUAGCCAGAACAAGCAUGAAGCGAAAAGUGGUAUGUUAACACCACAAGCGUCCCCUAACAUGUGCAACGAAAUAACGAUUCCUGUGAGCUAUCAAUCGUCUGAAGAAGUAUUCAUGACCCAGCCAUCAUUCUCUCCAACAUCGUACAUCCCGUACUACACACAUCAUAAUGAGUCUCCACCACCGGUGGCACAAUAUUCAACGGCUCCUACACAAUCGAACCAAGUGAUGUACGUGGACCAACAAGAAAUACCAAUAAUAUCACUCUCGGCCGAGCAGCCUCCAGCUGAUGUUAGUCCUUGUUGCGAAUCGUUGGAUUCAAUACAACCAACACCCGGAAUGAGUUGUGCUGAGUACCUCUCGUCAGUUCAAAUGUCUCCAAAUCAUCCAGACUCGAGCGAAUCUCCUCCAACAUACUACAUUUUGGUUCAAGAUCCGCAGAUAUCCACCAGCUGUGAGCAGUCACCGCCAUUUCAAAUCCUGCUGCAAUCAAAUGAACAGCAACAGAUCGUUGCACCAAGGGUUGCAUCUGUCCCAUCAGUUCCAGUCCCGUCAAUCUCAUCAGAUCGAACACCAGUUUUCGAGCAAAUUGAUCCCUCGGGAGAUUACGUGCAAAUACAGAACAACUACGUCCUUCCGUCCGACGGCACCGUCAAAGCCUUUCCGGUGGAAGAAAUCUACCGAGUCGACCGCCAGGAAGCCAAGAUAAAGAAGAAACCACGGAAGGCCAACAUCAACUACGGUACAGACUUUUACUGUCACAUAUGCCGGAAGGAAUUUGGCAAGCGAGGUAGCUUCCAACAGCACUGGCGACAGAAACACGCGGAUCCAAGGCCGUUUCGCUGCGAUACCUGCGGCAAAACGUACCUAACGGAGCGGGAUCUACGACAGCACAAGGAGAAUCACGACCCGACCAAGAAGCAGUGGAAGUGUACCGAGUGUGACAAUCGCUACAGGCACAUGAAGGAUCGCGAUCGGCACUACGAUUCGCAUCACGGAACACCGGGUCAUCCAUGUGUGGUGGAAGGAUGCGAUAAGGCAUUUGCGCGGAGAGAUCAUAUGCUGGCGCACCUAGUUAGUCAUAGCAACAGGAACAUGCGGGAGAUCAAGAAGGCGCAGGAAAAGGAAGAGAAGGAACAGAGCAAGGGAGGGAAGAGAGGUAGGAAGCGCAAGCUGGAAUGUGAAGGGAUUUGUGGGUGA